AUGGGGUACACCAGGGCCAGGGGAGAGAAGCUCGGCGAGCAUCUGGGCGUCAGCGUAGUGUAUGCCUCUGUGGCAAACACCAGGCUGCUUGGCACACUGAUGGUCUUUAACAACCACGGCCUGCUGCUGCCGGUGACUGCCUCAGAGGACGAGUACGAACACAUGAAGAAAGCCACGGGGCUCAAUGUGGGGUUUCUGGACUCAAAGUACACGGCGCUGGGAAACCUGAUCUGUGCAAAUGAUCGCGGGGCCAUAAUCUCCCCGGGGUUCCCCCAGGAAUGCGUCCGGGUCAUCGGGGACGUGCUGGACGUGGAGGUAAUCCGGGGCAAGGUUGCCGGCUACCAUCAGGCGGGAUCCAUGGCCGUUGCCAACAUGCAUGGGGGAAUAGUUCAUCCGGAGACAGACGAGGACGACAUCAGCAGAUUCUCCAGCGUACUGGGAGUCUCCAUGGAGCAGGCCACCAUCAACGGCGGGGUUCCAUUCGUGUCAUCAGGAAUACUGCUGAACAACAAGGCGGCAGUCACCGGCUCGUUUACAAGCGGUCCGGAGAUAAUGAUGCUCACCCGGGCCUUUGGGGUCUGA